AAGCCAAUUAUGAUGUGGAUUUUAGCACUAACAUUAAUGUUGGUGGCUUUUUUGUUUUUAAGUGUGCUUCUCACGGUAAUCUUUUUAUUUUUGACCCUUACGAUAUAUUAAAAGAAAUCAAAUCUUACCCAGAUAAAUAUUCAGAAUAUUUAAAAGCAUUAACUAAACCUUAUGAAUUAAUAUUUGAAGAUGAGGGAGAUUAUCGCUACUUCAAACUUAAAUAUAAUGCUACGGGCAAAAUGCAAGGAAUUUACGGUUAUCAAGUGGAUAGUAAAAAACAAAGUACGCCUUUGAAUAAUACAGCCACCCCAACUCAAACGCAAAUAAUAGUUCCCACUAACCAAGCUAAUUGUUUAGCUGCUAAUAAAUAUUCCUCAGCCAGUUUGGCUUUGCUAACAGGGCUUUUUUUGCUUAAAUCUUAA